ACACUCGCUUCAACUCGGAGGAGGCUGUCCACUGCCGCGAUGUCGCCAACUACUGAGCAAGACCCCUGGCAACCCGUUCUCCUCGCUUUGCCGAGUCUCACCCCGAGCCUUGCGCUGGAGCUGAUUCCACACGGGCUGUUGAUUCACAGGCUGUUUGUCCAGGCGGACGGCAAGACGCAUGACCUCGUCAUUGGGCCCGAGCAGCCGCGAGACCACCUCAAGAAGAAAUAUGUCAACACCAUCAUCGGGCGCUACGCCAACCGUCUCCCUGUGGGCGAAUUUAGCUUGGAGAGAGAGGGAGCGAAGGGCACGGUCAAGCCUAUUUCCAACGAAUCCCCCACCGUGUCACUGCAUGGAGGGACCACUGGUUUCGACUCAGUCCCCUGGACACCCCUCCAGCCCUCCGGCAGCAAGCUGUUCUCCUCCGCCGAGCUUGCCACCAUCAACGGCGACCUCGGCGCGAGCAGUCUCUGGAGUUACACGGAUAAAGACGGGGAGAAUGGCUUUGACGGGACGUUAUACACGGAGGUGCUCGUGGGCCUCCUGUCCCCGUCCAACCCCCCGUCCAUUGCGAGGGGCGACGAGUUCCUCAUGGGCAGUGUCGUUAUCGUGUACCGAGCAAAACUCCUCGACCAGGGCAAGGUCACGCCGCUGAACAUCACCCAGCAUUGGGGCUUCAAUUUGACCGCCUCGCUCCAGGAGGGCGCGGACAGCCUCUCGGUAAAAUCGCAUAGUCUCACCUUUAAGGCAGACAAAGUUCUGGAGCUGGACAAAGUCGGCCUGUCGGCGGGUAAACUGCAGGACGUGGCGGGCACCGCACACGACUUCCGGACUGCGCGCACCAUCGGAAGCCAGUGGCCGACAGUCGAGAACGGCCCGGGCGGAUAUGACUGGUACUACUCGUUCCCGCGCACGCCGGCUGCCAAGGACCACCGGAUCGAGCCGACGAGGGUCACGCCGCAGCUCAACCUCGUCAAGGAGGUCUUGGAGACAAAGCUCGAGGGCGAGGAACGCAAGGUUGAGCUUGCAAGUGAGAAAAGCGGUGUCAAGAUCGUGUUUGGUAGUAAUCAAUCGGGCGUGCAAUUCUACACUAACAACUUCGCCUCCACAACAAGCGCCCGCAAGAAGAUCCACGGCGGAAGCGGCGCCGACGGCGAAGGACAGGGCUACGGGGUGGGAUCUGCGGCCUUCCUCGAGUUCCACGCGCCCCUGGCAGCGUGGCUACACCCCGAGACCGUCCGCGACGGGUUCGACACGCUUCUGGCUGGGAACGGCGAGGUGUACAAUAACUGGGUGAAAGCUGACAUCUACUACAAGACGCCCAGCGCGGACGUCCAGUGAAGAGUAAUGCCCCGAGAGGAAGGAAACGUAUACGAUGUACGGAAGGUUAGCAGUAAGCAGUAAUGUACAGUAUGUAAGAGUGGAAAGCUAUGCUACAUCUGAUUGCGGCGGAAUAUACCUGGCUGAACAUUGAUACACAACAUAUAGACGAUCUAUAACACAUAACAGCCUCACGCACUCAAUGCAUUCUUCCACCUGUCCCCACCGACGUCUGCGAGCGCCCUCUCCACCUCUCCGACCUCCAUAUUCAGCACGAUCCUGCGCUCGUCCUCCGGCUUCCUGGCCGCGCCUGUGCCAUCUUCCAUCAGCACCGCCCUCGUCGCGAGCAGGUUCUCCAGGACCAUCGCUAGCUCCUCCCCGCUCGGCUUGCGGGACGGCUCGUCCGUGGACGUGAAGACGGGCAGGUAGAUGAGGUGCUGGUACUGCACGUCCCCCCACUUGAUCUCGUCUACGCCUUCGUUUUUCAUGCA